UCUUCUUCUUCUCACUACAAUUAGCAGAACCCACAAGCUCCUGGGUCUCCGACACGACCAGAGCUGCACUUCCUCAUCGACCACUGUUUUAUCAACACGUACGACGAGGUCGUGUCCCCCCAAUCCUCUUACUCACUGCCAUCUGCGACGCCAUUAGCGUUACUACAAUGCUAUAUAUCUCUAUCGUUCAGUGCCAUCGAUCUUUUCUUCCUCAGUUAACCACUCCUUUUUGAUUUUUCUCAAUGGGAUGGGGAUCAACCAGCAGGCAGCGGCUCCUUUUUGAUUUUUCUCAAUGGGAUGGGGAUCAACCAGCAGGCAGCAGCCCCUUCUUGCUUUCAUGAUCAGGAGUUUUUCCUUUGGGGAUUCAAGAACAGUAGGCCAUGUUUUUCCUCAACGCUGAGAAACUUUAGAGCAGUUGGAAGGAAUGCAUGGCGUGCAGUUGAAGCCAUGACGGGAGUACUUCACACAGUAAGCCGAGUCUUCCCGCGUACUAGAAGAAUGAGGCUCUUGAACCCCAACGAUUUCAAGAAUGAGGAUGUUGAUCCAACCAAGGCUGCCUUUGAUAUGUUAUUAGAGGUUGCUAAGGUUGCUGCUCGCAUAUAUGACCAAGAACAAAAAGGCUUGAAGCGAAGCCGUGGCGAGAGUAGUUUCCAAAAGAAAAAGAAAUCUAAAAAGGAAGAAAAACCCAAAACGAGAUCGAAGAAGUCGAAGCCGGACAUGCCAACCCUUCCAAACCCGCCGCCGGACUUGCCUGAGGAAUUCAAGAAUCGUAUCGAGGCAAUGGGGGGAAGGCAAGUGGUUUUGGUUAUACAAAAAGCCCUCUAUGACACUGAUCUAAAGAAAAACAACAGCCGUUUAUCCAUACCUUUAAGACAGAUCAAGGGGGAUUUUUUGGGAGAUGAUGAGAGAGAAUCUCUCGCACAACAGAAUGAAUUGAACGUUCCAUUCAUCGAGCCCUCACAUAAGGUGAACAAUAUGAUUUUGAGGCAAUGGGACAUGCCCAAAGAGUCGGGGAAAACAUGCUCAACAUACGUGUUGAGGACUAAUUGGAACGAGGUUUCUCAAGAGAAUGGACUCAGGCCGAAGGAUGUGGUCCAAGUUUGGUCUUUUCGGGUUGACAAUGAACAAAAACUCUGCCUGGCUCUUGUUGUGGUUAGCCGACGUGGUGGCAACGAGGGAGGAAGUAGCAGCCAUGGGAGAGAUGGAGAAGGAGUGGGGGUGUAGUGAGAGCAUGUGAAGCAGUACCGAAGAAGAUGAUGCAAGUCCUAUUAGGUUAAUUUUUUUUUUUACGUUUCCUUAAUUGUUUUGUAAAUAUAGUUCAUUGUA